GUGCAGCCCGGACGGCAAAUACAUUAUGGAAGAGAAGAGGGAGAGGUGUGCCAGCUGUCUGGGGGCUUUCAUUUCUUGCUGAGGGGAUACCUGGAAGAAGCUUAAAGCCGAGCUCAUCGGACCCCCAUCUCAGCAGCCACAUUUGUGUGGGAGCAGCCAAGCUGCCAUGGAGAUCUGCACAGCGGCCUAUUACUAGGCACAGCAGGGUAAAUGUGAUAAUAGACACAGGCUGCCUUGGCUAUUCCUGCUGUUGUGGAAGUACAACUCCUAGUACCCCGCAUUUCUCAGCAGAGCUUACAGGUCACAGGGGCUUCUGGGAGUUUUGCUCGUUAAGGUAAAGAAGAUCUGCUCAGUUGUGCUAUUUACAAGGGAGUACCAUGGCAGAAGGUACAUCUCUGGAGAAUAUAAUUAUGAAGUCCGAAGACCUAAUAAACCAGCACAAACUUGAUGCUGGAGGAUGUGGACUGGUGUCCUUAUGCCAUCAUCGGAUUCAUGGACUGGUUGUAUUGAAAACAGUAUAUACUGGCUAUAUGCAUACUCAGUCUAAUGAAAAACUUCUUGAAGAGGGUAAAAUUAUGCACAUGUUAAAGAAUGAUCGAGUGGUAAAACUUCUUGGCCUCAUAUUAGAAAAUGAGAACUAUUCACUGGUGAUGGAGUACAUCCGGAAUGGACAUUUAUUGACUGUUUUACAACAGGUUGAAGUCCCUCUUUCAGUUAAAACCCGUUUUAUAUUGGAAAUUAUUGAAGGAAUGAGCUACUUACAUGAUCAAAAAGUAGUUCAUAAGGAUUUAAAACCAGAAAAUAUAUUAGUAGAUGAAGAUUUUCACAUCAAGAUUGCUGACCUUGGUUUGGCUACCUUUAACAGAUGGAGCAAACUGACUAAAGAGCAAAGUAAGCUACAGAGGAAGUACAUGCACCAAAGCACAGGUAGCUACAAAAGCAAUGCUGGAACUCUGAUCUACAUGGCGCCAGAACAUCUAAGAUCUCUGAAUGCCAGGCCUACAGAAAAGUCAGAUGUGUACAGCUUUGGCAUAGUGACAUGGGUGAUCUUUACUAACAAGGAACCCUAUGAAAAUGCUCUUAACGAUGAGCAAAUAUCUUAUUGUGUCAAAAAAAGUGAGAGGCCAUGUCUGGAGGAGCUGCCAGAAGAGUGUCCGCCCGAAGCAUUGGAUCUGAUGCAGCAAUGUUGGGAUGAUAAUCCAGACAAAAGGCCUUUGUUUAAAGAAUGCGAUUGCCAGUUCAGGCCAUUUUACACACUCAAACAAAUGAUGCAUGUUGAAAAAGACGUGGAUAAAAUGAAAAGUGAGUUUGAAAGGCCAAAUGUGAUUGUGGAACGCAUGGCUUCAUUACAACUGGACUGUGUGGCAGAGCCUCCAAGCCUUCAGCCAAGAGAUCAGCCACUGUCUCUGCACAGUUCCCAAGGAUUUAUAACCACAAACCAAGUUGAUGAAUCCCUUUUUGGUCCUGCUCUUAAUGAGCCAAUAGAAUCUGAGGACCCAAGACAAGAUGAAACCUUGGAGAGGAAACUGCAAAACGAAAUAAAUUACCACCAAAAUGGAAGUCGACUUGAUAACAUAGGAAGCCAAUCUUACACUCCCAAGAGUAGUUUAGAAGAAAGAAGUAAAAAAGUAUUUAAUGAAGCUUCAGGGAUGAAUCACAUUCCAGCAGCUAGUGGAUUUACCAAUAGUCCCAUUGCAGGCAACUUUGAGACUCCCUUUUACCCGGCCUCUCAUUUCAACAACUGGCAAGACAUUUACCAGAGACCUGAUCAAAACAGAGGAUAUGUUCCUGUUGGAUCUUAUGGACAGACAUCCCUCUCUCAAAACUCAAAUACUGACUGGAAAGAGAAAAAUCCAACACCUGAAACAGGAGCACAAAGUUCUCAUCCAAGGAGCCAACUGUUUGCAAGAGAUGACAGGACAGGAGUAGUGGAUAAUGGCCUAAAUGUCAGCAUUUCCAACAGUAAUUCAAUUCAGAUUGGGAACCAUAACACACUGAGUGUCAUCAGCAAUAGGCCUAAACCAAGACCUGAAUAUAUCACCAGAACCAGCAACUCAAGUGUGGAAGAUCUUGCUGCUUUUGAGUGCCAAACUAUAGUAAAUGACAAUCACCUGCAACUACUUAGAGAAAAUUUGUCAAAAAAAUGGAAACUGUUUGCUCGCCAUCUUGGAUUCCGUGAACCAGAAAUUGAUGAAAUUGACCAUGACUAUGAAAGGGAUGGCCUGCAAGAAAAAGUCCACCAAACACUGCAUAAGUGGAAAAUGAGAGAGGGCUCCAAAAAUGCUACCGUGGGAAAAGUGGCCAAAGCGCUCUUUUUGUUGGGGGAAAGUGAGCUUAUGCAUGCCUUAAUGAAAAUGGAGGAGUGUUGGAAUUCAAGUCCAGAUUAGGGUUUUUGACUUUAAGUGAUAGAUACCAAAUUUCUAGCUCCAAGUCACUGCCAUCUAUGCAAAACAGUACCAACUGUGGGACCAGAAAGCUCGGCUGUUUCCUGUGCCACAAUGUUCUGUUUGCUUCGUACUUCCAUUAUUGUGGCAUAAAAAUAACUCCCAGCUCAAUGUACUAAACAUCCUAUCAACAGACAGGGACUUUUUAAAAAUUUCAUUUAGAAUUAAUUCAUUUAGAAUUAAUUCAGGGACAAAUUAAAAGACCAUGGAAUGCCAAACUGCCCCUCCAGCUCCCCCCAUCCAAAGCAGAACCUCCUUUAGUGGUACAAUCAAUGCUUUGAAUGGAAUAUGAAUUUUACUGUAACCUUUCCGUACGUACAAGGUAUUGGUACAUAAAAACAUCUUUCUAAAUAAAAAAGGUUGUCAAAAUACCUCACCUACCAUACUGAUCAUUGGAAGUGCCAAGCAGAACCUUUUUAUCUGUAACUUUUAAAUACAAUCUUUUACAUACUGUAAUAAAUAAACUGCUAAACAUGUAUUUUAAUAAAACAAUUUAGAUUUUGUAUAUGA